AUGAUUGCUUACGGAGUUGCAGCUGAUGCUGUGGAUGAUUAUGUGCGGAUCGGUGAAACUACUUCAAUUGAAUCAAUGAAAAGGUUUGUUCAAGCGGUUAUUGACAUUUUUGGUGAGAAUUACUUGAGAAGGCCAAACAAUGCUGAUAUUUCAAGGUUAUUAACAGAGGGUGAGAGUCGGGGGUUUCCAGGAAUGCUGGGUAGCAUCGAUUGUAUGCAUUGGAAAUGGAAAAAUUGUCCGGUUGCAUGGAAAGGGAUGUAUGCUCGUGGAGACCAUAGCGAGCCUUCGUUGAUUCUAGAAGCUGUGGCUUCAAAAGAUCUAUGGAUAUGGCAUGCUUUUUUUGGACUACCAGGAUCACAUAAUGAUAUAAAUGUCUUAGAACAUUCUCCUUUAUUUUCUAACCUCCGGGAAGGCCGAGCUCCUCCAGCCAAUUACUCAAUUAAUGGUCACGACUAUACAAUGGGUUAUUAUCUUGCUGAUGUUAUUUAUCCAUCAUGGGCAACAUUUGUCAAAACUAUUCCAUGCCCCCAAGGACCAAAGGCCAAAAAUUUUGCAGCAGCCCAGGAGUCUGCGAGGAAAGAUGUUGAACGGGCAUUUGGAGUGCUCCAAGCACGUUUUGCAAUUAUUCGUGGUCCUGCUCGUUUUUGGGAUCGUGAAAUGCUUCAAAGAAUCAUGAAAGCAUGCAUCAUAAUGCAUAACAUGAUCAUUGAAGAUGAACGUGAUGAUCGCCUUCCACGAGAUUAUGAUGUAAGAAAUGGUGAAAGUAUUGAUCUUGUGAUCUCACAUGAACGGACAACAGAAUUUCAAGCUUUUAUUCGAAAUCAUAUUCGUAUUCGUGACAAAGGAACCCAUAAUAUGCUCCAAGCGGAUCUAGUUGAACACUUGUGGGGGUGGCGAGGUGGUGAUACUCGUAAUUAA